GAUUCCAUUGCUAUGUGGCUCACUAAGGUGGUGGCUCUAUCACUUUUUUGCUCCAUAACACCAUCGCCGGAGGCCUUCCAAAAUUGUGGACAGGAUAAGCAGUGUGUGCCCUAUGAGCAAUGCAACGAAGGCUUGUUUGUUGAUGGAAAAUUCUAUCCGGAUCGCAGUCGAACAACGUUGGAUGAGAACUGUCAUUACAUGGAAAAGUGUUGUAAUAACCAUGAUACUCUUCCAGCACCUUUGAUGCCGCAAGAAGGUCACAACUGGACAUGUGGCGGUCGUCAUGAUCUUUGGUAUUAUCUACGGCCAUUGGGUUACAAGCAGCAGGAGGCAAAGUUUGGCGAGUUUCCUUGGUUAACGGCUAUAUACUCCAAGGAAGCUUACCUGUGCAGUGGAGCUCUUAUCACACCUGUGGCCGUGGUCACAACGGCUCAUUGUGUUCAGAAUGAGAAAUCAGAGAAUCUACGUUUGGUGGCCGGAGAGUGGGAUGCCGCCGUGAAACUGGAGCCCCAGCCGCACCAGGAGAGAUUGGUGAUGGAGAUACUGCUGCAUCCCAAUUACACACAACUUCCGCUAGUCCACAACAUAGCGGUGAUCCUGGUGGCCCAGGAUUCUCCCUUUCACCUCAGCCCCAACGUGCAACCCAUUUGCAUGCCGCCUCCGAAAAUGGUGUACAAUUACAGCCAGUGCUAUGUGUCCGGUUGGCAAAGGAGCGACUUUGGUGGAACUGCGAUCCUGCCUAAGCGAUGGACCCUCUAUGUCCUGCCACCCGACCAGUGCAGGGCUAAGAUGCGACUCUCUAUCUUGGGACGACGUCACUCCCACAACGAGUCUUUGUUGUGCGCCGGCGGUGACAAAGGUGACUUUGUUUGUGGGGAUGUUGAGAUGGCCGGAGUGCCUCUUAUGUGCCCUCUUCCUGGUCACGAUGACCGCUUCCACCUGGCCGGUCUGCUGGCCAGGCCAGUUCGCUGCGAUGGUACCCAGUUGCUGGGCAUUUACACAAACCUUCAGUUCUACCGACAGUGGAUCGACCUGAAGCUAAGGGAACGGGAACUUGACAUAAGAUACUAUAUGGUUUAAGAAUAAAUAAAACA